ACCAUUGCCUUCUCUUGGUCUCUCGCUUAUCAAGGUAAGAUUACCUAAAAUCAAGCCAAACCUUUCCUUCCUCUAUAAAUAAGCACCAAUCCAUCACAGAUACAAAAAACAGAGCAUUGCGAGAAAGUAGAGAGAGAAACAAUUUGAUUAAAAGAAAAUAAUAAUAAUAAUAUCAAAAUGGUUCUUCUCGAAAAGCUUUGGGACGAUGUGCUCGCCGGACCUCAGCCCGACAGAGGCCUCGGCAAGCUCCGCCGAAAGGCCUCCCCCAAGCCCCUCGUCAUCAACCAAGAUGGUGAAGGAGAAAGCAGUGCUGGCAAGGCGUUCCAACGAACAAUGUCGAUGCCGGAGACACCACGAACGCCGGUGAUGCCGCCGGAGACGGCGAAGAAGGCCAACGUGUGGCGGAGCGUUUUCAACCCGGGGAGCAACAUAAACACCAAGACCAUAGGGGCUGAUCUCUUUGACAAGCCUCAGCCAAAUUCGCCUACUGUUUACGACUGGAUGUACAGUGGAGAGACAAGGAGCAAGCACCGCUGAAGAAGCAGAUCGCUAUUUAUAUAUAUGAUGUUAAGAAUAAAUAUAUUACAAAUUUACCAUUUACUUUGAGAGGUUGAACCUUUGUAUUCGGUAGAUAUUUUGUCAAUGUGGUGAUGGAGGUUUGUAAUGUAAAAAACUGCUUUUUUUAUGUAAUUAUAAGU